AUGGUUUCCAACACCGAAGACGAGAGAUUCCCUCACCGAGACCUGCACUCGCGCAGCAGACGGCUCAGCCGGAUUUUCUCUGUGCCAUGGGUGGGCGACAGGCCAAAUUUGGGCCAACGGCGUCGCUACAUGUACGCCUACCUCGACUGGAUGGUCCCCGUCCCGGACUUCCGCGCAGCGAUGGAGAAGCUUCGUCAGGAAGCUGAGGUUGACUUGGCGGAUCGACUUGUUUCUGAGGUUUGGAGUCUCAACGAGGCACCCUGCUGGCCAUGGAUCAGCGAGCCACAUCCCGAACCAGAGGAGCCGACAUCCAAGAGAUUCGACGAGUUGCGCCUGAAGUUGGUGUGGGGUAUCGGGGGAUCCGACUUCGAGUGCAUCGCGUCGCAUGUUCUUGACGAUCGAUUGGAACUGACUUGGGAAUAUAAGCAUCCCAUCCCCGGUCCAUACAAGCCGCGUGCACCAUCAUACGAGGGCCCGAAUUUGGCAAAGAUCGAGCGCACCCUUGUUCUUUGUCUCAAGGACUGUUUGUGGGAGGACGAAGAUGAUUGGUACAGCUCUGACAACGAGCCUGCCCACGUCCUCCUCUUGAGAGCAUGGGAAGCUGUCACCGACUGGCUGAUACAAAUCAGGCAGGGCAAGCUAGAAACUCUAGUAGGCUAUCUCCUUCGAGACACGGCCCCAAAGCCAAAGGGGGCCUACCAGAUGUUAGUCCAUCUUGGAACUCCCAAGGUGGGCAUCGUCAGGCAGUCGUUCAUUCUGGAGCAGUAUCGAGCUUGCAAAGCGGCGGUCAACCACAUCCUAGACACGCACGUCGCCAUCGACGACGUCAAAAAGGCACUAGACGGGUGGCUCCUAGCGCCACGGGGUACUUCCGGCCUCAGGAGGAGCACUCUCAUCAUGCUGGCCGAAGGCGUGUGGGACGUGAGGAUGGCGAGGUCCCAGUCGCCCAGGAACCAUGUUGUUGAGUGGGCAGACUCCGCUCGCUCUGCCACGGGCAAAUGA